CUGAGGUAUUGGGACAUUAUGAAUAGCCCGUACUCUAUCCGGCAUAAGAUGACGAGUGGUUUGGGAAAUGCAAUCAACCAUUGUAACUUGUCCUUGGAAACCUUGCAUCUCUGUUCAGCCAGGUAUUGGGACAUUCAACCUGUUCAGCCAGGUGGUGGCAUUUCAGACUCUUCCCACCCUGAGUUGUAGUCAUUGAGUCGUCGUGAACGUCUGGGAGCUCUGCAUUCCCUUCUGAAAUGUCCUGGUUUUCCAUAGUUGAAGCAAACAAGUGGGUUUCUUCUGGAGACCUGCUCUCCAGCCAACAAUAUGAGUGGUGUCGGCUUCCGGGCCACCUGGGCGG